AUGGCCGACACCGAGUCUUCCGAUAAUUCAAACUCAGAUCUUGAAUAUGGCCAUUAUUAUCCUUCGAAUCGCGACCUCUCACUAGGAUUGUUCAAAGGAUUAAGCAACCCUGCGUUCGAGUACCGUUUGAGUGGUUCUUGCUGUGACGACAAGUAUUAUAGUAACCUUCCAAACUUCGGUGAUGCCGACGUCGCGGGUACACCAGUUUUCGACUUCGGGUGCUCCGACGUCAGCAGUAUUGGGCGACACCGAACUGACACAUUACAGUCUUGGACAACCCCUUGUUGGGUGACAACCCUCGACCUGCUGGGGGAACCCUGCUACAACGUCUGGGUGGAACUUCGCUCCCCUACCUCCCCGCCACCCUACACGACCUCCUCAACUGAGGGGUUCGAGGGAAACGCAACGGCUUCUGGUGGCGUUCACGAUGUCGGUUGCCCAGAUACCCGCGCUGGACCUCAGCUCGGCCAGGACUCCUUCAGCGCGAUCAUCUUCUCCGAUGAAGAGGAGGCAUUGUCUGGGCAUGCCAAGUGGCUCCAGAAAAUACCCGUGCCCAAUGCUUUUUCGGAGGCUGAAAAUGCCCACUGCAACGUUUAUUCGGAGGCUGAUGAUGCCCACUGCAACGUUUUUUCGGAGGCUGAAAAUGCCCACUGUAUCGUUUUUUCGCAGGCUGAUGAUGCCCACUGCAACGUUUUUUCGCAGGCUGAUGAUGCCCACUGCAACGUUUAUUCGGAGGCUGAUGAUGCCCACUGCAACGUUUAUUCGCAGGCUGUUGAUGCUCAAUGCAACGUUUUUUCGGAGGCUGAAAAUGCCCACAGUAUCGUUUUUUCGCAGGCUGAUGAUGCCCACUGUAUCGUUUUUUCGCAGGCUGUUGAUGCCCACUGCAACGUUUUUUCGCAGGCUGAUGAUGCCCACUGCAACGUUUUUUCGCAGGCUGAUGAUGCCCACUGCAACGUUUUUUCGCAGGCUGUUGAUGCCCAAUGCAACGCCAGUUUGUACAAUGAUGCCCUUUGUCGUCCUGCGCUCGAUGAAAACUCGUGCGUCGGCAAUACGACAUCGAACGAACAAAUUCAAUAUUCUGAAGAAAGCCAAUACGAAGCAUCGUCUUGUGCGGACGUGACGACAGAAACCGAGGAUGACAGUGAGAUGUCGUCGCACGUCACGACCAAGAGUUUGACGGACGGUGCUAGUGACGGAACUAGUAAAGACGAAGCCAACACUAGUGGGGACACGACCACUGGUAGUAGUGGGUCAUCAGGGGAGGACUACACCAUCCAGGAGGUCUGCCGUCCCCACCAGGGGCGCGGGUGUCGCCUGGGGCGUCACCAGGUGACAGAGCUGGAUGAAGUGUGUGCGGCUGUAGCGGGUGUUUACUCGCAGCACUAUGGCCUCCUACAGGAGAUAGGACGUGUGUCAGUACUGGACGUGUUCGACAACGUAGACUUCGUACAGCUCGUGAUGGAGAAGUUUGGUGCAGGACUUGACUUGUUCGAGUUCAUUGAACGCGAUCCUGUCUUGGAGGAACCUCUCGCCGCACACAUCUUCUCACAGCUGAUGCUAUACAUCCCUCCUGAACGUUUCUCCAUCAAACUCAUCGACUUCGGGUCGGCCACGUACCGGAGGCGGGACGGACAUCUUUUCUCGCAGUUCGCCGGCACCGUAGAGUAUUGCAGCCCUGAGCUAUUAAGCGCCCUGCUGUACCUGCGGGAGGUAGGGGUGCUGCACCGCGACAUCAAGGACGAGAACGUUAUCAUCAACGAACGUUUCUCCAUCAAACUCAUCGACUUCGGGUCGGCCACGUACCGGAGGCGGGACGGACAUCUUUUCUCGCAGUUCGCCGGCACCGUAGAGUACUGCAGCCCUGAGGUCCUUUUGGGCAACAAGCUUGAAGUCCUACAGGACGACGAAGACCUGCAGCAGGAUGAAGGCCUGCAGCACAACAGCGGGUCGCCGUCCACGCUUACCUCGGAUUCCGACGUGAGCAGCCAGAGCAGCCUUGACGACAUCACGAGCGCCGUCCUGCAAGGCAGCGGCAACUGCUCCGGUAACAAGUUCGAGGACGGCUUCAGCACGAUGUCGGCCAUAAGCUCCGACUGGUCGGAGGCGACAGAGAGCAACUCAAGCGGCCGUCGCAAGGCAGCGAAAUCAACGAAAUCACCUGAUGAUUUGGACGCUUCCAAGUUGCAAGAUUUAAAUGUGCUGAAGAUAGAGAAGCUUAUCGUCUAUGAACAACGGAAAAUACCAAAACAAACUGGCACCAAGAACAAGAACAAUCCACGCAUCAAGUCAGAUGCUGCUAAAAAGGAGAAUGUUGACGGCGAAACUUCUUCUCGUGCUGAAAAGCAACUGCAGGAUGUCAGCAGUUGCCGGAAUGAAGCUGUUCGUUUGUCGUACAGUCCAGUGGGGUCCGGAAUGAGCCCUCUGUCAAUGAGUCUGUUUGAGGACGCUUCGAAAGUUUACCAGAAUGUUUCCAGUAUUGCCAGAGUUGACGACUUUAGGGACGAUACCCGGUUCAGGAAAACUAAAUCUGGCGCCAGAAAACGUAUCCGCAAUUAUCAUGCACGCAACAACUGCAAUAAAGGACGAGUUGGGCACCGCAGAAGUCGAAGUAAAAAUUUCCCAAAAGAUCAAGCGUACAUCAAACCUGAACAGGAGGCUCACAUGGCCGAAGAGUUCGAGUUGAACGAAAUUGAAACUGUAGCUUCUGAGAGUUUCGAGAACAUCAGUGAAGUGAGCGAUGUUCAACCUAGCGGAUGUGGGUCAACGUCGACAGCCGCUGACAGUUCAUGGGAAGCUGAGAGAUUUUGUGGUGACCCUUGGGUUGAGGGGAAGGAUGGAGCUCGAGAGGAGGACACGAGCGAGAGCUUCAGUGAUAGCACGAACACUUCUGGAAACUCCCACGACAUGGCGACUGUGAAGAGAGUAUCCACACCAGACCUGCCAUGUCUCGUGGCUGAUGACGAAGGGGCUGCCAUAGAGACCACGGAACGCCCUUUGUUGUCCCGAAGCGAUCCUGGACCAUCACUUGGACUCCCGCUCUCUGCAGGACUUAAUGUAACCAACACCUGGCCAUUCGUCCCCAGCGUCAGUUGCACUUUCAAUUCUCAUAGCUUACCUGAACCUCGAAGACAGCAGAAGAUUUCAAUUUCUGAAUCUUCGUGUCAUCGGACCUCGCAAUCUGAAACCCAAGCCGCUUACCCACCGCCUGUGAGUAACUCUGAGUGCGUGAAUCAGGAACCUAACUUCCAGCUAGGCCCUUACUCAGGUCGACAGCCAACCAUACCUUCUUACUCACUCACAGCUUCAUAUUCUUUGCCGUACCAAAACAAACUUGGCUACACUUAUGAAAAUAAAAUCUCUGAUCAGUUUACUGGACUCCAUAAAGUGGACAAAACUCUCAACUCUGAUGUUUGUCUUGAAAUGAAUCACGUUAGAACCAGCACCAACAUAGAUGAGGUGGCUCGAGAGAGUUACUUUUCUUCUAUGGGUCUAUUAAAGUCAUUUUCUAGCGACUGCAUCACGGAAAAUUACGAUGAAAAUGGACUUGUUAGCAUCGAACACCAUCCUGAACUAGCCGUUGACAAUCAAAGUCUGCCCUCAAUCGAUCCAGUGAACUCCAUUUAUUCUCAAGCACCGAAAAACUCUGAUAAUAACGGCAGUCUUGAUGUGUCUGUGGGAAGUUUCAGUGACAUCAACGAGCUCAGCAAUCUUGAAGACUUGUCCUUCAGUCCUUACAUUAGCGAAGCCCAUCCUCGGUUCAAGUCUAGUGAGAAAAGAGAAGAACAAAUUCGAAAUGUCGACAAUCCCAAUUUUGCCUUGUAUAGCGCUGAACAAAUCUUGAAACAGAAACUAGUUCUGCCGUCUAACGGGCUUAGUUUCUCUCCUCGAGCGUUUGAUGAAGACUCUUCUGCAUUUAUUAGUCACGUCAAACCAUUAGAUCUAAAUAAAUACAUUGACUUGGAGGAACGACCAAAGAGAAGUGUAGAUAGAAAAUCAAGUAAUUUCUCGGCUAGUUAUUUGCCUUUGUCCCCUAAAUUCAAAUCUGGCAGGAAAAACUCAGACCCACAGGAAACUUGUUCUUUCAAGCGUGAUGAACGAAGUCGUCAAAUGAAUUACAACUCAGGGCAAUCAAUGGAAGGAGCUGCUGACCUGAGUAACAGCUGGGACGACCAUGCAGUGCAGAGACCUUCUCUUCACUCGAACCAUUUUCUUCCUUCUGAAUUAACCUCCCAGACAAAGCUUUCUAAAGAAGAGACUUUUGAUAACGCCGUUUUAACUCCCAGAAGCAGGAGUUUUCAACAAGGCCCUGCACAUUUCAGUGCUUCGACUUUUUCAGAGCACACGCAGAAGCUUAUAUCUGGCGACCACAUCGCUGCGUCUCCGAGACCCUUCAGUCAAAUAUUAUCAGGCCGCGACGUCAGUGAUGUUGUUGCAGAUUUCAGGUUCCAGAGUAAACCUCCUCAGGAUUUCCGUGGUCAUACAGCGAGUAUCACUCGUCACGUGCCAGACCUCAUUGCUAUGACGAAGUUGUUAGGGGAGAUGACAAGUGACGUGUCUCAACAGUUAUGCGGUGAAGUGGACUCCAGUGUAGGCUACCACACGCUGCCCGGGAAAUUCAAAGACGGUCAUGGCAAAGGUCUCGAGUCCACGAAUGAAGCCUUUGAUGGAUUCGUGAACAGUUUUUCCAGAAAAUCUUCUUCAGCACCCACCUCAAGCGAAUUGCUUCAUCCCGAUGAUGUCAAGUGGCUCUACCGCGAUGAGAUUCCUGCCAGGGACAAAAACGAGUGUCUUAGAAAAAACGCUUUAGAAACACGCCCUGCUAACCCGCAUGGCACGAGUAGCUUUGAUAUCAGAGGACCUAGAACAAACAUGUCGAGAGCUGAGAAUGGACUGAGUCACCGAAGCCUGGAACUCCUUCGCAACGAGCUUCUUUCCACUGCUUGGCUCAUCCUACCAUGA